AUGCGCGGUUCCGAUUUGAGUGCUUAUCGUGAUCAACAUUUCAAAGGCUCAAGAUCCGAGCAGGAACGCCUUCUUCGUUUAACUACUACAUUGUAUGUUGGAAACCUGUCGUUUUAUACGACGGAGGAACAAAUUCAUGAGUUGUUUUCAAAGGCUGGAGAAGUGAAGCGAAUCGUCAUGGGACUGGAUCGUUUUAGGAAGACUCCAUGUGGCUUCUGUUUUGUAGAAUACUACACGCGCUUAGACGCAGAAAAUUGUAUUCGUUACGUCAAUGGAACAAGAUUAGAUGAUCGGAUCGUUCGUGCCGAUUGGGACGCGGGAUUCAUCGAAGGUCGCCAAUAUGGUCGCGGAAAAACUGGUGGGCAAGUUCGUGACGAGUAUCGCACUGAUUUUGACCCAGGAAGAGGUGGAUUUGGUAAGAUUGUGCAACAGCGGGUUACGUCGUCGCACUCGCCAACUGAAGGUGGUACAGACGAAAAAUUGGACAGUGAACCUGAUGUCGCACCACCAUCAAAGAGGAUGAAGACUUCCCACGUUGAGGUUGAUGAGCAGGGUGACCGAGCCUCGGAUGACCUGGCUAUUCCAAUUGAUCCACCAAAUCCCCUUAGCCGGGCUUGA